AUGACUUCAUUCCGAUGGCUCGACUUACUGUCCGGUCCUCCCGACACCUCAGUUCUAUUAGAGGAUCAAGCUUCAUACUCUCAGUUCAACAAGGAUACAGAUACGAUAUCCGAAAUCUUCCUGUGGAUGUUCAUUGUGGAGUGUGGAUUGCAUUUGAAAACAAUUCUGAAGCACCAGAACAAGUCUUCUAAUCAAUUAUUGCAACACCCGCUGGAAUCAGCUCCUCACGAGACACCCGCAGAUAUUUCCCAUCGUUUCUAUUCAUUAUCUUUGAUGCCCCUGACAAGGUUAAAACUCUCUCAGGCCAAGGCAGCAAAGCUUGCUGCUGCCUGGUUGAUUAAUGACUAUCAUCAAGCGGAAGGCAUCAUUGAUGAAUGCUAUUGCAGCAAAAUCAAUGCUAAAGCAAUCGUGAUAAGGCCUCCUACAGCAGGUCUACGGAUAAUCAAGCUGAAAGGGGGGGACGAGAACGUGGAGUCUCUUAGCCACGUCAUGCUUCAGCUCCGAGAGCACCUAAAAAGCCCGCUCUAUUUCCACUUCAACCUUAUCAUCGGGAAGGGAUUCGGACUUCGUCUCAUCUACAUGGUAUUCUGUAAGGAACACGACGUCCCUACGAAACAGAAAUGGCUUGCCGACAUCCCUGAGUCCCCGGAUCUCCAAAGCAACAGAAAUGAUGGUGCUUCCUGGCCGCGAGUGAAAGUCAAUCUGCAGUACGAGAACAGCAGGGAGAAGUGGGAAACAGAAUUCUUCACUGGUGAGAUAUGGGCUAAGGUACAAGCUGGUCAAGCGUUUGAGAAGUUUAUCGAAGUUGAUCCUGGAGGGACGAUCUCCGCGAAGAUCCAAGGCGGCAUUCUGGGUCAGCACAAAUUUAGCUUGAGCAAUUGCCCAUGCGAAGUUUCCGCACUUGCCCAGCUCUCGAAGGAUAGAUGA